ACCGGCCAUCCGCUCCGGCUGGUGGGUAAAUAAAUAACAUCACAGCGUUUUGGGCCAAAAGGACAGUCUUUUUACAAAUGACAUUUUAAGUCGGACAGCGCAGUUACGUAACGGCUGAAUGAGUAGGCCAACCUUCCCCUCCUCCUCUGCUGAGGUGGCAGAAAUGAACCGCAUCCACUAUGAGCUGGAGUACACAGAGGGCAUCAGCCAGCGCAUGCGGAUUCCGGAGACCCUCAAGGUAGCCCCAGAGAACCAACCAGGGGGUCUACCAUCCCAGUGUCCGUUGCCAGUCCACACUGCUCUAAUGCAGGUACCUGAGAGAAUUAUCAUAGCUGGGGACAAAGAGGACCCACAGUAUUCUCGGCCCCGAGACUUGGACCUAAUCCAGUCAACGCCCCCACUGGACCUGCUAAAUAUGAAGGCUCCGCCACGUGUGCUCACCCUCACAGAGCAGCCACUAGACUCGCUGGAGACUGACCAGACUCCCCCUCCACAGACCAACACAAGCCAGGUGGUCCACACUCAGUUUCGAUCUCGACGGGAGCGAAGUGCCAGUGAGAACCUGACUGGCCGCCACAAUGGCCAAAUCAACAGAACUGAUGCAAGUGUAACCCCAUCCCCCUCUGCCCCACCAGUCCGGGUGUGUCCCCCUCUCAGUACCCCUGAGGAUACACACAUGAACCUGUUCACAGCAGGGGGGUUCCUGUCUUACAUCCAGUCGACCACCCGCCGGGCCUACCAGCAGAUCCUUGAAGUCUUGGAUGACAACCACCGCAGGACUCAACUGGACCUGGCCCUGGAUAUGACCCCUGAUGAAUCAGGCUUAGUGGAUGCCUCCUCACUUCGACGGCAGAUUGUGAAACUGAACCGUCGUCUUCAGCUGCUCGAAGAGGAGAACAAGGAACGCUCCAAGCGGAGGUGAUCCUGUACUCAGCAACCGUGGCGUUCUGGCUGGUCAACACCUGGAUCUGGUUCCGUCGCUGAGAUCAGACAGGUCUGAUUCUCCCAGAACAUUGGUAGUCAAAGCUGUUCCUCGUUCAUUUUGAGAAGCCAUUUGCAUGGCCCCAAGUUGAAGUUACUUCCAUCGAUGUUUGCUAUCAAUCCUCUAAGUGGGAAGAAAUAACAUUUGUAAAUAGGACAUUUUGCUGUUGGAAUUAGGAUACAAAGUAAUGGGCUUAAAGCAACA